AUGGCCCUCCUGGCUCGCACCCUGGCACUGCUGACAAUGACCUUGGCCAUCACGGCCAUCAAGGUGGUUCCCCUGGACAUGGCCAGGGACUCCUUCGAUGACCAGUACAGGGGCUGUGGCCCUGCCGUGAAGGCUGUGUUGCCAGUCCUCUACAACUUUGAGUUCCAGGUGAAUCCUCUCUUCACCCAAACCUGGGCGAAGGCUGAGGCUGAAUGGCGCAAGCGGGGCUUCCAUGUGUCCCCUCUGGCGUCCCCAGCCCAGGCCGUUGCUCUCAUGGCCUACACGAUCAAGGACAUUUACAAGGAUUUCAACACAGCCGUUCGUGUGGCCGGGCACUCCUGCCAGGAAUACCGGAACAACUUCCACUUCAAAACUCUGCAUUUCCUGCUGACCAAGGCCCUGGUGACACUGAGGCACGCCCAGAAAGCAAAGUGUCACCACCUGUUCCGGGGUGUGCAUGAUGUCCGGUUCCAGGCACAGCGUGGCCAGAGGGUCCGGUUUGGUCAAUUCACAUCAACGUCACUGAGCAAAGAGGUUGCCCAGAAGUAUGGUACAGACACCAUAUUUGAGGUCCACACUUGCCACGGUGUGGACAUCCAGGCUUUUUCCUUCUAUCUGAGCAACUGA